AUGGUUGGUUCCGAGAUCUACUUCGUCCGGGGUUAUUACAAUCCCAAUUUUUCUUUCCACAAAAGCAAGUGGAUCCUCGAUUCUCGGUCUGGAAAGAUGCGUCAGGGUCCAUGUACACUAGUGGCCCGCCGUUUUGCAGCUGUGGGACUUUUGGAUAAGAAUAUUUACUCUUUUGGAAAGUACAAAAAGGAGGACGAAGAGAUCCAAGUGGAAGUGUUUGAUCAAAAGACACAAACUUGGGUAGUAGCUCCAAAUCCCGACGUGGAAGUUCCAACUAUACGUAUGUCGGUGGUGCGCCCGUCACUUGGGAGAGAAAUUUAUGCUACAUACAAUAAUGGAUACAUCAUAGUUUAUGAUUCUAGAGGUGGUAAAUGUGAGACGAUUGACUCACCAGCGGGUGCAUUCUAUGGAGAAAAUGUGUGUAUGAUUGAAAAUGUGCUCUACACUUACAAGUCCAGAUUUGGGUUAAUGUGGUUUGACUCUAAAUAUAAGGAAUGGAGAGUGGUUAAUGGUUUGAAACUCAGCGAUGGUUAUGUGAGCAAAGUCGCAAUGGCUGAAUACUAUGGAAUGUUGGCGCUUUUGUGGGAACGUUGGGGAGAAAAGAUGAACAAGGAGAUUUGGUGCUCAAUGAUCUCGUUGGAUAAAAGUGGAGUAGAGAUUACAGGGAAGGUUGAGUGGAUUGAUCAUGUACUUUCCAUCCCUAGUAGCAAUACGAUUAUGCAUUGUUUACGCCGUAUGGAUUAG